AUUGUCCUGAUGUAAAUGUCUAGGUGGUUUCUACAUGUACAUCGAGGGUGAUAGUGCUAGUUAUGGUGACACGGCACGUAUCAUCAGUUCAGAGUGCACUGACAUUCAAAAUCAGUGUCUUCAGUUUUGGUACCACAUGUACGGUUCCGGUAACACCAUGGGACUGAGCGUCUACCAUCUGCAGGGAAAUGUGGCCAAAGAGGUGUGGAAGAAGAGAGAAAACCAGGGAGACAUGUGGUACCGUGCACGGGUGGACCUGACACCAACAGGGAAGUUUCAGGUCAGUGAAGGUUUGAGGAUUACAUAAAAAUAAACAAAAUAAUGCUCCCAUCAGUGAUGUU